UUGACUGAUAUUUGUUUUGUUCUUUCAUCUUUCAGGUAUGAAGAUAAGACUGAUUGGGGAGGAAAAAUAGGUUGGAUUUAUGGCUCGGUGACAGAGGAUGUGGUGACAGGAUACAGGAUGCACAACCGUGGAUGGCGGUCUGUAUACUGCGCGACGAAGCGUGAUGCCUUUAGAGGAACUGCGCCAAUCAACCUCACUGACCGCCUUCACCAGGUCCUGAGAUGGGCCACUGGUUCAGGGGAAAUCUUCUUCUCCAGGAACAAUCCUUUGCUUGCAACUCGGCGCCUCAAGUUCCUACAACGCAUUGCGUAUCUUAACGUUGGCUUCUACCCCUUCACCUCCCUCUUCUUGGUUACUUACUGCUUCCUCCCAGCGCUCUCUCUCUUCUCGGGGCAGUUCAUUGUCCAGGGCCUAAAUGUUGCAUUCCUCUUUUACCUCCUCAUCAUCACUUUGACACUCACCUUCCUUUCCCUUCUUGAAGUGAAGUGGUCAGGCAUUGGCCUUAAGGAAUGGUGCGGAAUGAACAGUUCUGGGUCAUCGGCGGAUGCAGUACUUGAGAACCAUGAACCACUGGUGCAAGACUUUCAAGUACGUGAACAAGAUUUUCCCUGCUCAAGUAGCUAG